AUGGCUUCCCGCCUUCUCCUCGUCACCUUGGCUCUCCUCUUCGUCGCAGCCGCAGCGCAGAACAACGAGAUCAUGCUGCCGGCCUGGCCAUCCUGCUCGACGACAGACAACUACACCGACGGCAGCCAAUACAAGAAGAACCUGGACCAGCUCCUCUCCAGGAUGCCCACGGCGGCCGGCGACAACGGGUGGUUCUGCAAUGGCACCGCCGGGACGGGGGCUGACGAGGUGUUUGGCCUCAUCAUGUGCUACGCCGACCGCAACGCGACGCAGUGCCUGGACUGUCUCUCCAGGGCGCCAGCGGGGAUCACGACGGUGUGCCCGGGCAGCCGGAACCCGCAACGCGGCGUUCUACGUCACCUGGUUCAGCACCGUCGACCAGGCAAGGCUCGAGGACGCGCGCUCGAGCCUGAUGAACAGCUCGCCAGGACGGCCGCCGGCUCGCAGCCGCUGUUCCUCGCGAACGAGAGCGCGCCGCUCGCCGGCUCGUCGGACUCGGUGUACGGGCUCGCGCAGUGCACGCGGGACCUAACGGCCAGCGAAUGCAGCUGGUGUCUCACCAGUCACCACUUAUAUCGGUCUGCUGCCGGGGAAUUUCCCGAACAACACCGGAGGCGCGAUCAAGGGGUACAGCUGCUACGUCAGACCAUGGAGAGGGAUCUGGAAGAGGGCGACGACUUCGCCGGAACGGAGGACGAGUUCGAGAAAGGGACCGGGCCAAAGCGGUUUCGCUACGGCGAGCUUGCCAUUGCCACUGACAACUUCUCGGACAAGCACAAGCUAUGGGUGUGGGAGUACCAUAGCAGAGGAGCCAUCCUCGACGCCGCCGACGCACGGUUCAAGGGUGAGUUGGAGGCCCGGGAGAUGGAGACCGUGAUGGUCGUCGGCCUCUGGUGCGCGCACCCUGACCGGAGCCUCCGACCGUCCAUCCGGCAGGCCGUCAGCGUGCUGCGGUCUGAGAUGCCACUGCGCAAUCUGCAGGCGAGGAUGCCGGUGGCAACCUAUGAGCCACCACCUGAUGCCUUCUACUAUACAUCUACCACUGUCACAAGCGUUAAUAGCAGCACCACUCAAUCCAGCAUGACAAUCACAACUGUCCUGCCCAAAUGA